AUGGAGUUCAGCUCUGAUGAAGAGUCUGACAUCAGUGAUUCAGAGAUUCCCGAGUAUAAAGAUAAGCCUUAUGAGCAGUUGAGGAGUGGAAAGCUUAGAGUUAAAUUUCCAAAUGGAAUUUUCCGGUGUCCUUUUUGUGCUGGGAAAAAGAAACAGAACUUCAAAUACAAAGAUUUACAUCACCAUGCGACUGGAGUGAGCAAAGGUUCUUCGAACAGAAAAGCAAAAGAAAAGGCUAAUCAUCUUGCUUUAAUGAUGUACUUGGAGAAUGAACUUGCAGAUGAGGCUGAAAUACCAUUGGUAGUGGCUGCUCCAGUACCUGCAGCUCCGGUAUCUGAAGUUAAUGAUUUAUAUUGCUGGCCUUGGACUGGACUUGUGGUCAACAUAGUCAAAGAUGCGAAAAAUGGGAAAGAUAUUGAGAAUAAAGCAUAUUGGGUAAAAGUAUUUGCAAAGUAUAGGCCCGAAGAUAUUGAGAUCUUAUGGGACGACUGGAAACCAACCGCUCAAGCCUUGGUCUCGUUUGACAAUGAUUGGACUGGUUUUAAGGAUGCUAUGGAAUUUGAGAAAUCUUUUGAAGCUGCUCGUUGUGGUAAGAAAGAAUGGAAGGCUUCUAAAAGUCCUACUGAUUCUAGAAUUUACGCAUGGAUAGCUCGUGCAAAUGAUUUUGAAUCACAAGGGCCAAUAGGAGAAUAUCUUCGCGCCAAUAGGGUUCUGAAAACGGUUUCAAGUAUUGUUCAAGAAGCUGCUGAAAACAGACACAAAGCAGUAGCUGAGUUAGCAACUGAAAUUGACAUGAGGAAUGAAAAUCUUGAUGAUUUGCAAGUCAAAUAUAAUCAGAAAACCAUGUCUUUGAGCAGGAUGAUCGAGGAAAAAGACAACCUUUAUCAAGCUUUUAAUGAAGAGACAAGGAAUAUGCAGCGGCUUGCCAGGGAGCAUGUGAAAUGGGUACUAGAUGAACGAGAAAUGCUAAAUGCAGAUAUAGAAGAACGUAGAAGAAAGCUUGAUGAACGAAGCAAGCAACUCAAAAUGAGUGAGGCCAAAACAGAACGUGAGAAACAAAAGCUAGAGGAAGAUAAAAGAAAGAAUGAUCUGCAAAACACUUCUCUGCAUAUGGCUUCCAUAGAACAGAAAAAAGCUGAUAAGAGUGUCUUGAGGCUGGUUGAAGAGCAGAAGAGAGAGAAGGAGGAGGCUUUGAAGAAAGUACUUGAGUUGGAGAAACAGCUAGAUAGUAAACAGAAAUUGGAGAUGGAAAUCGAAGAACUGAAUGGGAAACUGCAGGUGAUGAAGCAUCUGGGAGAUGAUGAAGCAGUUCAGGAGCAAAUUAAAAAGAUGAAUGAUGAACUGAAAUCAAAGAAGGAGGAAAUGGAUGGUUUGGAUGAAUUGAAUCAAACUCUCAUGGUGAAGCAGCGUCAAAGUAAUGAUGAGAUACAAGAAGCUCGCAGAGAGUUGAUUAAGGUCAUGAAGGAUAUUUCAAAUGGACGUGCAAAUAUUGGGGUUAAAAAGGUGGGAGAACUUGAUGUGAAAAUCUUCCAUGAUGCUUGCAAGGAAAAGUAUGACCCCGAAGAAGCACAAGUCAAGGCCUCUGAAUUGUGUUCUCUCUGGCAGUGUAACCUAACAAAUGCAGGGUGGCAUCCGAUGAAAGUAGUUAUGGUAGAUGGUAAACCUGAGGAACUGAUUGAUGAAAAUGACGAAUUGCUGAAAACUCUCAAGGCAGAAUGGGGAAAUAGCAUAUAUAAUGCAGUGGUGGUUGCUUUUAAGGAGAUUCAUAAGUACAACUCCAGUGGAAGGUAUGCGGUUUCUCUGCUUUGGAAUUUUAAAGACGCUCGAGAAGCUACAUUGCAGGAAGUUAUCAAUCACAUUUUGAAGAAUACGAAGAAGCGCAAAAGAUAGUAAGGUUUGUAUUUUGUACUUAUGUCGUCUUACUAGAUGAUACGUCCAGCACUCUAACAACUGUUAUUAUGGGCGAAAGAUCGUAUUGGGGCUCAGCUAUGUUUUUUCAGUCUGGGUUGUAGAAAUACAGCUGAGCUGUCUUAUUGAAACCUAUAUAUAUUUGGUUAAGGAACUUCAUGAUAUGGACCAGUAUGCAAUAUGAGUUCUCUUGCUGUUUAUAUUUUUUUGUAUGUCUAACAGUUGAUUUUAUCCCAAUAUAAUGUACAAAUGCGCGCUUUAA